UAGAUCGGGAGCACACACGUUUUGAUAUUUUUACAUAGAAAAUUCUGUACAUUGGUACAUUAAUGUUAAAAAACAUACGUAAAAUUCUUUGGAUCGAUUCGAGGCACACUCCCAGACAGAAGGGGGAGUUACUGAGCGGGAGAACAUGGCCAAACAUUUUGCACGGAUCAUUGUCUAUGGUGCUCAGUCUGUGGGACGUGCCUUUGUCAAGGCUGUUCGACAGGAGAUCGAGGCAUCGCGGGCGGCGGCGAACCAGCAUCGUACGAACGUAAAUAGCCAAUCGAAAUGUUUAGAUCUGUCUGUCAAGGGCAUGACCCUGCACGAGGCCCAACAGAUACUCAAUGUUAAGGAUCUGUCCAACAUCGAAGAGAUCCGUGGCAAUUUUGAGCAUCUGUUUCGGGUCAACGAGAAGACAACCGGUGGCUCCUUCUACAUACAAUCGAAAGUCUUUCGGGCCAAGGAACGCAUCGAUCGUGAGCUGCAAAAUAAACUGCAAGAGGCCAUCAAAGAGACCCAAUCUGUAUCCCCAACAGCAAAGGCAAAUCGAGCUUAAACCAUUGAGCCGCAAACUGUGUGUGUAUAUAUAUAUAUUAUUCUGUCUCUGAGGCUGCUCGAACAGUUUGUUCGCAAUAGUUGUUUAUUGACAUUAAAAAAAAAAAAAAACAAA